AUGCGCUGCGUGACCUUGGACAGCGACCUGACCUCGGUGGGCCCCAGGCUUCUCAUUUCCCCGGUGAGCGUGUCCACCGUAGCUGUCGGCAUUACGGGUUCGGGGAGGGGGCUGGAGCCCAGGAGAGGUGCGGCGGAGGUCCCCCGGGAGUCCCGCCGCGCGGCCACCGGGUCGCCGCCCGCCCCCCCGCCCCCCGGCGCGGUGCGGACGGCGGGAUCGCGCUCUCGGCGGCGCCCGGCACGGAACGGAGCGGCGGCAGCAGCGGCCGCGGCAACAGCUCCAGCUCCAGCUCCCGCUCGGCCCCGCUCGGCCCCGCUCGGCCCCGCUCGGCCCCGCUCGGCCCCGCUCGGCCCCGCGCGCCCGGGCCCCGCGCCCCGACCCCGCCGCCGCGCCUGCCGGGGGGCCUCGGGCGCCCCCGCCGCCCGCCUCACGCUGAAGUUCCUGGCCGUGCUGCUGGCCGCGGGCAUGCUGGCGUUCCUCGGUGCCGUCAUCUGCAUCAUCGCCAGCGUGCCCCUGGCGGCCAGCCCGGCGCGGGCGCUGCCUGGCGGCGCCGACAACGCCUCCCCCGCGCUGCCCGGGGCGCCGGCGGCCAGCGCGCACCCGCUGCCGCCCGUGCCCCUCUUCAGCCGCUUCCUCUGCACGCCGCUGGCGGCCGCCUGCCCGUCGGGGGCCGAGCAGGGCGACGCGGCGGCCGGCGAGCGCGAGGAGCUGCUGCUGCUGCAGAGCACGGCCGAGCAGCUGCGCCAGACGGCGCUGCAGCAGGAGGCGCGCAUCCGCGCCGACCAGGACACCAUCCGCGAGCUCACCGGCAAGCUGGGCCGCUGCGAGAGCGGCCUGCCCCGCGGCCUUCAGGACGCCGGGCCCCGCCGCGACGCCAUGGCCGACGGGCCCUGGGACUCGCCGGCGCUCAUCCUGGAGCUGGAGGACGCCGUGCGCGCCCUCCGGGACCGCCUGGACCGCAUCGAGCAGGAGCUCCCAGCCCGUGUGAACUUCUCAGCGGCCCCAGCCCCUGCGCCUGCGGUGCCCACAGCCCUGCACUCCAAGAUGGACGAACUAGAGGGGCAGCUGCUGGCCAAGGUGCUGGCCCUGGAGAAGGAGCGCGUGGCUCUCAGUCACAACAGCCAGCGGCAGCGGCAGGAGGUGGAGAAGGAGCUGGAUGCGCUGCAGGACCGCGUGGCUGGACUGGAACAUGGGUCCUCAGCCUACAGCCCUCCAGAUGCCUUCAAGAUCAGCAUCCCCAUCCGCAACAACUACAUGUAUGCCCGUGUGCGGAAGGCACUGCCUGAGCUCUACGCCUUCACCGUCUGCAUGUGGCUGCGCUCCAGGUCGGGUGGCAGUGGCCAGGGCACGCCCUUCUCCUACUCGGUGCCCGGGCAGGCCAAUGAGAUUGUGCUGCUGGAGGCGGGCCACGACCCCAUGGAACUGCUGAUCAAUGACAAGGUGGCCCAGCUGCCUCUGAGCCUGAAGGACAAUGGCUGGCACCACAUCUGCAUCGCCUGGACCACAAGGGAUGGCCUGUGGUCUGCCUACCAGGACGGGGAGCUGCAGGGCUCCGGUGAGAACCUAGCCGCCUGGCACCCCAUCAAGCCUCAUGGGAUCCUUAUCCUGGGCCAAGAGCAGGACACCUUGGGUGGUCGGUUUGAUGCCACCCAGGCCUUCGUGGGUGACAUCGCCCAGUUUAACCUGUGGGACCACGCCCUGACACCUGCCCAAGUCCUGGGCAUUGCCAACUGUACCGGGCCGCUGCUGGGCAACGUCCUCCCCUGGGAAGACAAGCUGGUGGAGGCCUUUGGGGGUGCAAAGAAGACCACCUUUGAUGUCUGCAAGGGGAGGGCCAAAGCAUGAGGGGCCACCUCAUCCAGGGUCCCUCCCUUGCCUGCCAUUUUGGGGACCUUACGGUGGGGGUACACAUUCCCUCCUCAGCCUACCCACACACUGGCCUUCCCUCCUGCCCUGCUCCUGGCCAUGCCUCCUGUUUCCCCCCACCUAUACCCACACCUCCAGAAUGCCCUGCCCUGCAGUGGCUGUCCCCUAACCCCACUUGGAUGGGGACAAGCAGCUCAAGCCAACAGGUCAAGCCUGGGGUGAGUCCAGGGCCUGGUGGGGGGUGACAACAGUGCCCACAGCACUGUCCACCCUCUCGGCAUCACACUGGAGCUGUCUUACCCCCACCCACCCUGGCCCAUCCACCAGGUCUGAUGCCACUGAUCUCAACAGCAUGUCCCAUGGGGUCAUGUAUGGAGGAAGGGCCCACUAUCUCAGUGGUAGGCGUGGCUGUCUGCCCCCCCGUCCCCCAAGCAACAGGCCUGGCCCCUUCCCCUUCAGGACCACAACAAGCUCUAGAGCUGUCCCCCCAGCUGAGAAAGGGGUGACAGGGACAUAGGCGACUCAGACUCACCCCUCC